AUGACUAUGAAUUUAUCUAAUUUGCCAACAUGUAAAUUAGGUAAAGUAGUCAUCGCUUGUCCGGAUAUUACUGGUUUAGCAGCAACUUUAAAGAAUCAUAAAGAAUCAAGAAGAAUAAUCGUAUGCAACUCGAAGGAUCUUAUUGGAAUAGAUAAAUUAUUAAUCAAUGAUCCAAUUUAUAAAGUCAUUGUUCUCAAUAAUGAAGAAGACAACGAUAUUAGAGAAUGGUACGAUGGUCUUUUAUUUGAUCGUAUUAUUGAAGUUAAUAAUACAAAGCAAUUGUUGCGCCAUUUGAGUACGGAAGCUAUGUUGUCUUAUUUUAAUCAAGGCUUGGAACAUAAAAAAAAAGGCAAUUAUGGCUUGGCUAAUUUAUGUUUUUCUGACUCGAUAAAUGCUCUUAAUUGUUCUGCUGAAUUCAUCUGA